AUGUGUCAAAUUGGCCGUAAGAAACUCCUUUGCUUCCUCGUGACGGGCUUCCUGUUCAAAAUUGGAUUGCAGUUCUACUUGGACGGCCCAAAGCAAAUUGCUGAUGUGGAUCAACCAACACCGAAAUCGGCCAAUAAUGUUAUCAACGAGCGCUAUCAAUUAUUUGAGAGUUAUUUCCACGAUUCUUUUUCGGAUAUUGACCCACCAUUCAAGCGGAUACUAUUUUGGAAUGACGCUUAUGGGGGCAAGGAUUACGGAAUUGGGAUCGGCCGUGAUGUCAUGAAGAAAUCAGGAUGCCCAGUCUGGCAGUGUGAAACUUCGGAUAACCGCAGUGACGUCCUGGAAUACGACGCCAUAGUGUUUCACCUUCGCUCCUGGACAAUUAAUGACUUGCCGGACCGUAGAUCACAAAAUCAGCGCUAUGUAUUCUGGAGCUUGGAAUCGGCUGCGUGGCUUAUGUAUGCCGACACGACUAGAAUGGCGAAUUUCUUCAACUGGACCAUGACGUACCGUUGGGACUCAGAUAUCAUGGGUCCUUAUGGUUACAUUGCACCAACUGGAGACGUUCCUCUACAUCCCAGUGAAGAUGAAAUAAAAUUCUAUUUGUCUAAACCCACACCAGUCAACUACGCCAAGGGUAAAACAAAAAUGGCCGCUUGGUUUGUUUCAAACUGUAACCCUCUGAGCAGUCGGAAUGAGAUGGUCAAAAUUCUUCAAAAAUAUAUUGACGUCGAUGUGUACGGUAACUGUGGGACGAUGACGUGUCCUAGGGAGUCCAGUGCGAGUUGUCAAGAAACGGCAGCCAAGAAAUACAAGUUUUAUUUGUCCCUAGAAAAUUCGCUUUGCCGAGAUUACAUCACUGAAAAGUUCUUCGGCAUGAUGCACCACCCGAUAAUACCGAUCGUUUUCAGCCUUCACGAAGACCACGAAUUAAUAGCUCCGACGCAUUCGUUCAUCAACGCCGCCAAAUUUGAAAACAUGAAUAAACUGGCUGAUUAUCUGAUCAUGCUCGACAACAACGACACGCUGUACAACGAAUAUUUUUGGUGGAAGCCUCAUUUCCAAGUGCGCGACAGCCCAAAGUACACUAGUAAAGGAAUGUGCCAUUUAUGUGCUGCUCUCCAUAAUACGACAAUGCCAAUGAAAUUCUAUCCCAGCAUGACCGACUGGUGGGAAAAACAAUCAACAUGCAUAUUUUUUCCGCAAAUCGCAUAA